CUACACAGAGAAAGUUGCAGAUGGACGGACGAAGAACAACGUCGGAGCUGGGUAUACAGCUCCCGGAGGCGAAGGUGGCGGCCGAGACCGGCACAAUGAGCGGUCCACUGGUGUCAGAUGGGGCCGAUCGGAAAGUUAGCCGGAAAACUGAACUUCUGCAUGUUGUGUUGAGGCUGGUGUGUCUUUUGACAUCCGUGACGGCGUUGUCAGUGAUGGUUACUGCAAAGGAAGCUUCCACUAUCUCCAUCUAUGGGUUUAACCUACCUGUGUACUCCAAGUGGUCCUUCUCUAACUCAUUCGAGUAUCUGGUUGGAGUUUCGGCAGCUGUUGCUGUACACUCUGUGCUUCAACUGCUUUUUAGUGUGUCAAGGCUGCUUCGGAAGUCUCCAGUAAUUCCUUCUAGAAACCAUGCGUGGCUUAUUUUUGCUGGAGAUCAGGUAUUUGCAUAUGCAAUGAUGAGCGCUGGGUCAGCUGCAUCAGGUGUCACUAACCUAAACCGCACAGGGAUCCGACACUCGGCUCUACCAAAUUUCUGUAAGCCCUUACAUGGUUUCUGCAAUCAUGUUGCUGUCUCCAUAGCCUUCACUUUCUUCACCAGCUUCUUGCUUGCCACAUCAGUUGUUCUUGACGUCAUUUGGCUAUCUAAGCACUGAAUUUCCCUUGUUUCCGACUAACUUUAUGUAAACUAUGUUUGUGUUGAUGUAUAUUUUGGGAUUAUCUGCAACACCACACAAGCAGUUGUGAAAUGGCUCAGAUCACAAUCACAAAAGCUCUUACUUCAAGCCAAGCUUGGCUGUUCGAUGCAAACUCGUAUUAUGCUUUUUACCUAUAUUCUUAUCAAGGAACUCGAAAUGAGCUAUUUUGUUAUGAGUCAUUAUUGAAGGAAGGGUGAGGUUGGCCCUGACAAAGUCGGUAAGAGAAGGCUCUGAAGGUGAAAGUUUGGUUGUAAAUGAAAUGGCUUUUGUGAGUAGUAGUUUGUGUUAGGGAAAUCGAGACCUAGGCUGACUUUAGAGCCGUGAGACAGGUCUAUCUCGAUCCCUUUUGUAGAUUAUCAUAUCUCUGUUUUCCUGUGCUAGGGCACACAUCCCAUGGUCACAGGGUUGCAGGUGGUCUUUGAGAAGAAAACAAACGGUUGUGGCACACCAAGCAUGUAACUGGUAAUGACGCAACUGGCCUUAUGAAAGGGUUGCAUUACCGUGCAAGGUUUCAUCACUUCAAUUCUCUCUCUGCAUGCUUCUUUACAGAAUUCGCAUAUUAACAGAUGUUAUGAUCUCUUUUAACCAGCAAGUUCUAUCCUACCGUUGCCCUUUUUUUUUCUUUCUUUUUCUGGUACAGUGUCGUAAUGUACAAGUGUUGUAAUUUUUUAUUAUUUUUUUAAACAAAUUUUGGAAG